AUGUCCCACAUGAUGCACAAGGUGAAGGAGGCCUUGAGUGGCCACCAUGGUGAACACCAUGCUGAAUCCAGCACAACGAACAAUGGCCCCCAUGAUACCAAGGCUGCCAACAAGGCCGAUCCUCGGGUCGAUAGCGACCGUGACAACCGCGCUCGCACUGAGGCCAUGGGAGGUACUGCUGGCCCUCACACAACUGACACUGCCAACAAGCUCGACCCUCGUGUAGACAGCGACAGAGACAACCGUGGAAAUCCCACUUCUGGCUCCUAUGGAACCAGUGGAAACCCCACUGCUGGCUCUGGAACUGGAAACCCCAUUGCUGGCUCCGGAACCAGUGGAAACCCAACUUCUGGCUCCUUUGGUACCCAGAACACCUACGAAACCACUAGCAACACCUAUGGAUCUAAGAACACUUAUGAAAAUACGAGCACCAGUGCUGGUCCCCACGGCUCCAACAUUGCCAACAAGCUAGACCCUCGUGUGGACAGUGACAGGGACAACCGUGGCGCUACCGGCGGCGGCGGCUACGGCACAGGCACUGCCGCUGGCGACACUUACGGCAGCGGCAGCUCCAACGUCGGACCUCACGACUCCAACAUUGCCAACAAGCUCGACCCACGGGUUGACUCCGACGCGGACAACCGCGCCCGUCACGCCGCCAUGGGCGGAACCGCCGGACCGCACGACUCCAACAUUGCCAACAAGCUUGAUCCACGCGUCGACAGUGACCGGGAUAACCGUGGUCUGGGUACUGGCACUGGCACCGACACUGGCACUGCACCAGCUGGAAGCAGCUACACUGGCACUGGCGUUGGUACUGGUGCUGGAACCACGGCUGGUCCUCAUAGCUCCAACGUCGCCAACAAGCUCGACCCUCGUGUCGAUUCCGACUUGGACAACAGAGGCACCAUGGGAACUCAGCGUGGUUACUAA